UUUUUUUCGACAGCAGCCAUUUUAGUUGCAGAUAAAUCAAGAAGAAAAUGAUUGGUUAAAGAGCUCACAAAUACCACUGUAUCAUGAGUAGUUUACUUCCAGAAGUUUCUCACGUCGUUUUGGUGACAACAAGUCGUCGGGUGUCUUUGGACGACUUAAUAGUGCACUUUCAACAAGAGAAUAUCGGCGGUGGCGACGUUGAUGAGUCGAAAACGAAAGUACUUGACGAAACCAAUUUCUCUCUUUACUUUGAGGAUGAUGCAGUUGCAGCAAAAGUUCUCCAGAAUACACACACAAUCCAUUCAGAAGGAUCACCUGUUGAAGUUAAUGUGUCCCCCUGUACAGUAGAGAUUGCCAAGCAGCACAAGUUGCUUUCAAAUGAAACAACUACUGGUAAAGUAUCACCAGCCUCAUCUAGCAGUGACAGCUUCAUCAUCCUCGAUAAAGAAGGGAAUGAGGUCGAAGGAGAGAGUAAUGGUCCAAGUUCAUUGAAAGCUUAUCCAGAGAAUCCACAGUCCCAGCUCCUCGCAGAGAGAGGCAUUGACAAUGACAACCAGGACAGGGUAAAACAAGCAGACGAAAAAACCAAAAAUCAAUUUGUCUCUGUCGAACAUUUGGCAGAAAGUAUGUCUGGCCUAAAUCUAGUUGGUACUUUAGAACAUGAACAGACAAAUAAACCAGAUGAGAAGCAAGUCGGAAUGAAGAAGGUCAAAAAUAAAAUGGAUCAGUUUGAGAGGAAAAAAGGGAAUGAUGGCACACAAGUGCCUCCUGCAGAAAUGUACGUAUCUGGUGGUGGUAUUGAUGCAGAACCCAACAUGGAGCAAGAAAGUGGGAAAACAUAUACCAGUGGUGGGCAAAACAAAGAUAAAAUACAACAGUCACAUCUGUCUCAAGUCUUGCGUCCCCAUUCGCUUCAUGUAAGAAUACCUGAGGGUGGUAGUCAUGCAAGUGAACAACAACUCACGCUGAGUUCCAUGCCAUUUCGGUCACUAACACAGAGUGAAGAGUUCCGCUUAAAACCAGGGCAUUCACCAUCUCCAGUGAACACUGAUCUGCCAGAAGUUCACCAGCUGGGAACUGGUGCCAAAUAUGCUGCUACAGAGGAAAGAAUGGGAAAAAGUUAUCUUCCAAAUUUGUCAUGCAGUUCUGCAGGGCAUACUGAUGACAAGAAAAGUGCCAGAGGGAACCCAGAGCAGACACAAAGCACAGCUUUUAGGGAAUACAGAGAAAACAGUCAAGCCCAGACACAACCUGCCACAACACAAGACAUUGAGGAAGAAUUUGGAAGAAAAAGAUCGACAGGGCAUACAAAUAUUGGUCACCUGCAUCCAAACACCAACCUUACUGGUAGCAACUACAUUGUGACCAAUGAGGAUCCUGUCCAGAACUCUGGUCACACACAUCACCACGAAUACAGUCAGCCACCUCCCAUUGCUCGUUCUGAACCCCAUAUUCAGCAGGAUCCUGGUCACUCUGCAGGUGGUCAUGCUGCUCAAAUUCAUCAGUAUGGAGGGCCGCAAGAAAAGAUGACCAUUCCAGGAGAUGUACGUGAUCCACAAUCAGGGCAAUCUUCCCCAUGGCUUCUUCACUCUCCUCCUAGUGGUGAUCAAACCAAGCAGGUGCCCCAUACGACACAAAGUAUACAAAUACCAAAGACAAGAGAGUCAGCAGAUAGAGGGAGAGAAAGGGAUUUACCCCCACAAGCUGAACAAUUGAUACCUCAAGAUAAAUUGAUUCAGAUGUUAUCAAAGACCUUGCCGGCCACGGUACAUUCUCAGCUUUGCCUUACAGGAGAACAACUGAGCCACAAAGACUUGGCAGCUAUGUUGCUGAGCUUAGCUAAUGAAAAUGCAAUGCUAAAAGCACAGCAGCUACCAGAUUGUGAUGAAGAUACAAAAAAGUCUGUUGCUACAAAUGAAGCCAAGGCAGUAGGAGCACCACAGAUGGGUGCUGAAGAGGAAAAUCUGCCACACCUCCAGCAUGAGAAAGAAGUGGUAGAGGAAAGAAGUACAAACGCCGAGUUAACAAAUCCUGGCAGAAGUAUUUUAGUUGAAGUCACUAUGUCUGGACCUGCAGAGCAGUUUGAGGAAGAAGAGCUGAAAUUCUUGUUUGAAAAUGCCAAAUGUACUGGAGGGGGAGACAUUGACAAGUUUUAUUUUUACCGUGAUAAAAAGAAACUUAUCAUUAGAUAUGAGAAGAAUAAAGAUGCACAAGGUGUUUUGAAAAAUGGAUCUUUUGACUAUGAAGGGGUAAGAUUUACCCCCACAUUGUACCAGUCUCCAAAACCAAUGCAGCAGCAUCAAAAACAUGUCCAAGAGCAUUCCCACAGUUCAACUGCUGCAGGCUUGGAGCAUUUUGGAGCCCCCCCUUCGGAAGCAAUAAGCACUCUGAAAGAAGAAGUGUCUCAAUCCCAAACACAGAUCCAACAAGAUCCAGUGGUACAUCCUCAUCAGCUUUCAGAAGAAGAAGAACAAAAAUCAGAAGAACAUAUUGGUACAAUAGAAGUCAGAGGUUUCAAGGAAACUACGACUGAUGAGGUUAUAAAAUAUUUCUUCAAGAGCAAGAAGAGAUCUGGGGGUGGUAAAAUCAAAACUAUCGAGAUCAAGAGAAAAGAAAAUAAAGCCCUCAUUACCUUUGAGGAGGCAAAAGUUGUAUCCCGAAUAAUACAAAGAGGCACCUUGACAUUGGAAGACUCACCCCUUCAAAUCUGUGAGUUACUUGUCCCCCAAAAGCCUGCCAAAGUGAAGACACCAUUGGAACCCAACAAACUACUUUUGAGGGGCCUGUUGCCAACAACCACUUCAGACUGCUUGAGGUUAUUUUUAGAGCACAUCAGUGAGCAGGACACAUUUGAUAUUGUGUAUGGACCACAACCAGGUGUCAUACUGGUAACUUUCCAGGAGAAGAUAGAUUUUGAGGUUGUCCAAAGAAGGAUCCAGAAAAAGAAAAGCAAACAAAAUUCAGAAUUUAGUAAUGUCGAUGCUGAACAGGUCUACUUUCCAAGUGCUGUACAGGUCCAUGACCUACCUCCUAAAACCACAAAAGAUGCCCUAGAAAUCCACCUGGAAGCUCAAUGUGACAGUGAUGCCCAUGCGAAUGUUAUUCAGCUAAAUGCUGAUAAGGGAUAUGCUGUGGUUGAGUUUUCUGAUUACAGAGGUAUUCAGAUCUUUGAUUUUCUUAUACACAUGGUCAUUAACUCUGUUUUUAACUGA